AUGCAACAUGACGAUGUUAUCUGGUCUGUUCUCAAUGGACAAUUUUGUUCGUAUAAACAACAAAAAGCUAAAACACAAAUAUUCUGUUCUAACGAAUAUAAUUUAACUGGCUUAUGUGAUCGUCGUUCGUGUCCAUUGUCUAAUUCUCAAUAUGCAACUGUUCGAGAAGAAAAAGGUAUUUUAUAUCUUUAUAUGAAAGUUGUUGAACGGUCUCAUUAUCCGAAAAAACAAUGGGAAAAAGUCAAAUUGCAUGAAAACUAUAUUCGUGCAUUAAAACAAAUCAAUGAACAUUUGAUUUAUUGGCCACGUUUCGUUCGACAUAAAUGCAAACAACGUUUAACAAAACUAACACAAUAUAUUAUUCGAACACGCCGUUUAAUGUUGAAGAAAACUGGGAAACAAGAAUUGGUACCAAUCAAAAAGAAAGCUGAAAGACGUGAACGUCGUCAUGAAGAAAAAGCAUUUGUAGCUGCGAAUAUUGAUCGAGCUAUUGAAAAUGAAUUACUUGAACGAUUGAAAAAAGGAACGUAUGGAGAUACGUAUACAUUUCCGGUUAAUGCUAUUUCAAUGGAUGAAGAAGAUGAGGAAGCUGAAACUGAUGAAGAAGAAGAAGAAGAAGAAGGCGAACAGGAGAGUGAAGAAGAAAUGGAGUAUGUUGAAGAUUUCAAUGAAAGUGAUGCUGAAGAUAUCGAAGACAUGGGUGAUGAUGAUGAUGAAGAAAUAAUCAAAGCAUUACCAUUGACAAAGAAACGUUCACUUGAACUUGAAUACGAACCAGCAGUUGAAAUACCUGUUCGAGGUGCUGAACGAGCGGGAAUCGUUUAUUGUUAUGCUACAAGAGAUUCUGCCGAUGAUGAGUGGCAUGUAGACAAACUUGAAUUUAAAGCUACCAAUCAACCAUACAGCUAUCUUUUCUAUGAUCGAGCAUUACGUCGACUUUCAUCACCAGACACAACUACAAAAUAG